AUGGCCACGACCCCCGACCGUGACCGGGCGGACAGCGACGCGUCGACGCCGUGCCCGCCGCGCCUCUCGUCGCCAGACGAAGGGCUCGAUGUCCCGACACUGCGCGAGUUUCUUCGGCGAGGCUUCUUCCCCAUUGAGAUCACUUCGCCACCUAACGGCCCGGUGGACGAGCGCGCCCCCGACCACCUCCGAGGGCCGACUUCCCAGGCGAGCAUCGUAUUUGCCGCCACUCCUGGGCAGCACGUCGUGGUGCGCUUCGACAGGGACGCGUUUCCGCCCUUCUUGUCCACGCUCGAGAGCCAGCUCAAGCUCGAUUCACCUGUCCCAUCAGAGCUGGUUUCCGAACACGAACAAUCAGCCCGCCGGUCGCUAUUCUACGGUCCCUUGUCGCAAGAAGAUCUCACCGCGGCACUGUGCCAAGCGUUCGGCCUUGUCAACAGUCUCGUGGUGAACCCCGCAUUGCGGCGGGAUCCAAAAAACGCUCACUUUUGGUCAACGUGGAACCUCGAAGGGGAGACAACGUAUCUCGGAAGAGGGGUGGGAGGCGCCGCCAACCCGACGUCGACAGCCGAGGCAGUGUGCAUUGCCAACCACGCGACAGGGUACGCUGCCAUGGCGCUACUAGAGGCUCGGAUGUGGGCAAUUUUCAGUCACUAUGAUCGCCCGGCAUUCAUGAAAGAGGUGGAAUCCGAGCACGGCUUCACCGUCUACCUGUCGCACGCGAGCGGCAAACUCCGCUCGUUCAACUCGAACCUCCGAGAUGGGCAGGCGUCCUUUUGGGUCGAUGCGAUGGCGCAGCUGUGGGAGAAAAUGCACGUAUACCGCUGCGAUACGCUGGUCGCGAGUGCAUGGUUCAACAGCUCGGUGCUGAGCCGAACUGGCGCCAAUGAGCUGAAAUGGUCGGGCCUGCUGGGGUACGGCACACCACGGCCACCACCAGAGGACAUCAACCUGCUCCAACUUAUCCUUUCUUUAGCAUUGCAUCGCUCAGACGACACGUUUGACCGGUGGACAGACUACCCCGGCAGCCCGGGUCUACUGCCUCGUGCCACAGCACCGGUCCGGGACGACCCGACGAUCGAUCUGCCACCGACAGUGCAGACGUAUAUAACUGGGCUAGAUGCAAACGAGCAAACGCAAAUCGUCACCGAGCUGGCCCAGACGUACCCGACGGACGAGGAGACGCUGUUGUCGUUUUUCGACCGGGCCGCCACAUUCGGGUUUGAUCUGGUUCUCGGCGAGCUGAUCGCCAGCGGGCCAAUCUACGACACGUUCCGCGUAGAUUCCGUCGAACCGUGCAACGUGGCACAUCCCCUCGUUGCCAAGAUUGUCAUCCUGUCCGAUUUCCCGGCGACAGAUACGCGGCGUAAGCGCGGGCGCGCGUCUAUCCGCUCCGACGUGAGGAACGAGGCGGAAAUGUUCUGUUCUCCUCUGCAGGCGCUACAGGGCACUGUCGUGCCGCACUUUCACGGGCUGUACGAGGGCUACUUUGGUUCCAACCGCACCGACAUUCUUAUCAUGCUGCUCGAGGACGUCGGCGAGCCGGUAGCAAUGACCAGUGCGGAAGUGGAUCCCGACACGGCGCUCAAAAUCGUCCCGCUGUACAAGAAGCUCCAUGCCGCCGGCGUAUUCCACGGCAACCUCCGCGCGGCGCAUGUGUGCGUCUCGCCGACGGGCGCGCUGCGCCUCGUCGACUUUGAAACCGCAUGGGAGGUCGACGCGAGCAAGCCGCGUGAAAAGGUCGACCUGGACGACGAGCUCAGGAGCGUGUACAAUGAGUUUGGGCUCGAGGUGCCCCCCGAGCUGCGGAAUCUUACCCCGCCGUGGCUGCUUCCAGAGGAGUAG